AUCAAAUACUAAGGUUACAGAGAGCAGCGAACAAACCUUUCCCCUUGAUAAUGUUGAGGUAUUUGUUAAUAAUAAUAAAAAAACACCUACUCUUGGUAAAGUAUCUAAAAAGCGAAAACGAUCUUCCCAAAAUGAAGAAUCUAUAGCUGAGGAGGAUGGAAGUGAAACUCCUCGAGAGAGUGACUCCGUUUCUGAAAAUGAAAAGCUUUCAGGGGAGAGUGAGAUCGAGUCAUAUGAUGAUUCUGAUGAUGGAUCUUAUAGAAAAUAUCCAGCUCGUAGUACGACUUUAGAUAAUAAGCCUAAUUAUUCAGAAGAUCAAUAUUAUAAUCAAUUUACUAAGGCAUUCAACGAACGUCUUUAUGAAUCAUCAACAAAGACAUCAACAAAUUCGUCGACUGGUUCAUCACCUAAUCCGAUCAGGACCCGUAGAAGAUUACCGAAAAGGAAAUCAUCAGAAAAAUAUAUUGAUUAUUCAGAAAAAGCAUAUUACGCAAAAUUCGUUCCCGAAAUGAGAAGGAUGAUUUAUAAGAAUAUAAGUGAAACCUCACCAAAAAAGAAAACCAAAAGAAAAAAAAUUACAAUAAAUAUAUCUGAUUCUAAUAGUGAUAAAUAA